UCUCCUUUUAUUACUUUUAUUGCUUUAAUAUGGGUUUUAUAUUUUGUAAGCUGCCUUCAGGUCACCAUCUGUGAAUAGGCAGUAUAUAAAUUGUUUAAAAUAAAUAAAAUAAAUAUUUUGUUAAUUAUUUCUUUUGAUAUUACUUAUUCCUUACAGAGAAACAAAGAAUGAAAAUUUCUGGUUUUUAUGAUGGUGAUCAAGCAGCGGUAGAACCUCUAAACCAAGUAAGAAAGGUAAUAAUGGGCAGGAGAAUCAAGAUUCCUGUAAACUGUUCCAAGUGAUCAAUGCUAAAGAUGGAAUGGAGAAGUUUGGAAUUCGAAUGAAACUAGAAACCCAUGGCAGAAACCAGUCAAAUGGUUGGAAUCAGGAAAGCUCAUCUUCCACCAAUGCGCCAAUGCUUCUUACCCAACAGGAGAAAAUAAGAAAAAAAUAUAUUGGGAAAAGUGUGAAGCUAAUCAAAUCUAAAUUACAAGUAAGAGAACACUAUUUAAGCCAAAACAAAGAAGAUGCUAUAAGAAGACACAACAGACAAAAUUACAACGGGACAUCAAUUCCUUCUCUUGAAAAUAAGUUUCUUACAUCUCAACAAGAGAUUGACACAAAAGAGAAGCCAUAUAAAUGUUUGGAAUGUGGAACAUUUUUUAGAAAAAGGAGGCAACUUACUUCUCAGGAAAGGAUUCACGCUGGGGAGACGCUACACAAAUGCAGAGAGUGUGGAAACAGGUUCAGAAGAUGUAGUAAUUUUAUUUCCCAUAAAAGGAUCCAGUCAGGGGAGAAGCCAUAUAAAUGCAUGGUGUGUGGAAAGACCUUUGCUCGAAGAGGAAAUCUUAUUUCCCAUAAGAUGAUCCACACAGGAGAGAAGCCAUAUAAAUGCACGGAGUGUGGGAAGACCUUUGUUCAUAAGAGUGACCUAAGAAUACACAAAAGAAUCCACACAAGAGCGAAGACAUUUAAAUGCAUGGAGUGUGGAAAGACCUUUGCUCGAAGAGGUAAUCUUAUUUCCCAUAAGAUGAUCCACACAGGGGAGAAGCCGUAUAAAUGUAUGGAGUGUGGAAAGACCUUUGCUUAUAGUAAUGGAUUUACUAUCCACAAAAUGAUCCAUGCAGGGGAAAAGCCAUUUAAAUGCAUGGAGUGUGGAAUGACCUUUGCUCAAAGAGGUAAUCUUAUUUCCCACAAAAUAAUCCACACAGAGGAGAAGCCAUAUAAAUGCAUGGAGUGUGGGAAGAACUUUGCUCGAAGUAGUUCUCUUAUUUCCCAUAAGAGGAUCCACACAGGGGAGAAGCCGUAUAAAUGCAUGGAGUGUGGGAAAACCUUUGCUCGAACAGGAAAUCUUAUUAUCCACAAAAAGCUCCACACAGGGGAAAAGCCAUUUAAAUGCAUGGAAUGUGGAAAGACCUUUGCCCGAAGAGGGAAUCUUAUUUCCCAUAAGAGAAUCCACACAGGGGAGAAGCCAUAUAAAUGUAUGGAAUGUGGAAAGACCUUUGCUUAUAGUAAUGGACUUACUAUCCACAAAAUGAUCCAUGCGGGGGGAAAGCCAUUUAAAUGCAUGGAGUGUGGAAAGACCUUUGCUCAAAGAGAUUACCUUAUUCGCCAUAAGGUGGUCCACACAGAGGUGAAGCAGUAUAAAUGCAUGGAGUUUGGGAAGAACUUUGCUCAUAACAGUGACAUAAGAAUACACAAAAUAAUCCACACAGGGGAAAAGCAAUUUAAAUGCAUGGAAUGUGGAAAGACCUUUGCCCGAAGAGGGAAUUUUAUUUCCCAUAAGAUGAUCCACACAGGGGAGGAGCCGUAUAAAUGUAUGGAGUGUGGAAAGACCUUUGCUUAUAGUAAUGGACUUACUAUCCACAAAAUGAUUCAUGCAGGGGAAAAGCCAUUUAAAUGCAUGGAAUGUGGAAAGACCUUUGCCCGAAGAGGGAAUUUUAUUUCCCAUAAGAUGAUCCACACAGGGGAGGAGCCGUAUAAAUGUAUGGAGUGUGGAAAGACCUUUGCUUAUAGUAAUGGACUUACUAUCCACAAAAUGAUCCAUGCAGGGAAAAAGCCAUUUAAAUGCCUGGAGUGUGGAAAGACCUUUGCUCAAAGAGGUUAUCUUAUUCGCCAUAAGAUGAUCCACAAAGGAGAGAAGCCGUAUAAAUGCAUGGAAUGUGGGAAGACCUUUGCUCAAAGAAGUUAUCUUAUUCGCCAUAAGAUGAUCCACAAAGGAGAGAAGCCGUAUAAAUGCAUGGAGUGUGGGAAGAACUUUGUUCAUAACAGUGACCUAAGAAUACACAAAAUAAUCCACACGGGGGAGAAGCCAUUUAAAUGCAUGGAGUGUGGAAAGACCUUUGCUGGAAGAGGUAAUCUUAUUUCCCACAAAAUGAUCCACACAGGAGAGAAGCCGUAUAAAUGCAUGGAAUGUGGGAAGACCUUUGCUCAAAGAAGUAGUGUUAUUCGCCAUAAGAUGAUCCACAAAGGAGAGAAGCCGUAUAAAUGCAUGGAGUGUGAGAAGACCUUUGCUCAAAGAAGUAGUGUUAUUCGCCAUAAGAUGAUCCACACAGGGGAGAAGCCAUAUAAGUGCAUGGAGUGUGGGAAAACCUUUGCUCAACGUGGUCAUCUUAUUUCCCACAAGAUGAUCCAUGCAGGGGAGAAGCCAUUUAAAUGCAUGGAGUGUGGAAAGUGCUUUGCUGGAAGAGGUAAUCUUAUUUCCCAUAAGAGGAUCCACACAGGGGAGAAGCCGUAUAAAUGCAUGGAAUGUGAAAAGACUUUUGCUCAUAGCAGCUACCUAACAAUACACAAAAGGAUGCACACAGGGGAGAAGCCAUUUAAAUGCAUGGAAUGUGGAAAAACCUUUGCUCAUAGCAAUCACCUAAGAAUACACAAACAGAUCCAUACAGGGGAGAAGGCAUUUAAAUGCAUGGAGUGUGGAAAAACCUUUGCUUAUAGUAGUGGACUUACUAUCCACAAAAGGCGCCACACAGGGGAGAAACCAUUUAAAUGUAUGGAAUGUGGAAAGACAUUUGCUCAAAAAAGUCAUCUUAUUUUACAUAAGAUGAUCCACACAGGGGAGAAGCCAUAUAAAUGCAUGGAGUGUGGAAAGAACUUUGCUAGAAGAUAUCAUCUUAAUUGCCAUAAGAUGAGCCACACAGGCGAGAAACCAUAUAAAUGUAUGGAGUGUGGAAAGACAUUUGCUCGGAAGUAUGGUCUGUCUUGCCAUAACAAAAUCCACACAGGAGAGAAACCAUAUAAAUGCAGGGAAUGUGGAAAGAGCUUUGCUCAGAAUUGUAGUCUUACAUCUCAUAAAAGGAUCCACGCUCGAGAGAAACUACACAGCAGUGAUGUCUAACCUUUUUGCCAUUGCGUGCCAAAAGAGUGGGGAUUGCGCAUACUCACACCCAUAAUUCUAUCUGCCCUCCCCCUGUGCAAGCACGCGCAACCCCCACCCUCCUUCCACUUUGGCACGUGACAGCACGGUGGACCCAUUUUUCUCCCUCCCCAGCUCCAGAGGCUUUCUCUGGGGAGGGAGAAAUGGGUUCUCAGGUUGCUUGUUGGGUUGUUUUUCUCCAGCACACUGAAGCUGGUAUGGCAACUCCUCGCGUGUCCUCAGAAAGGGCUCUACCUGCGUGCUAUAAGUUCGCCAUCACAACUAUGUAGCAAUAGCACUAGUACCACUCCACAAUGCUUUACAGCGCUCUCUGAGCAAUUUACAAGGUCAGAAUAUGCUCCCUGGCAAUCUGGGUCAUCAUUUUACUCACCUCAGAAGGAUAAAAGUUGAAUCAACCAUGAUCCUGACAGAAUCAAACUCCAGGCUGUGGGCAAUUAGCCGAUAGUACUGCAUUAUAACUACUGACCACCAUGUCACUAUGGAUUUUUAUUUGUAUGCCUGUUGUGCCUUUCAGAUCCAAAUGAGACUAAGCUGAAUCCCAACAAAAUAAAAUUUAAUAUGGAGAAAAGUAAGAUUUUACACCUGUUCAGGAAAAACAGAUUACUUAAAACCUGGCUCAAAAAUAGUAACUGAAUGGGUCCUUGGAGUCUGAAUGGAUGACCACUUAAGCAUGAAUCACCCAUGUGUGGCAGCAGACAAAAAAGCAACUAAAAUCCUUGGUUGUAUAAAGAGAGGAAUAGAAUCACAUGAAGUAUUACUACUGCUUCAUAAAGCCACACCUGGGUCAUCACAUUAAAAAAAAGAUGCUGAAACUUUGGAAAAAGUGCUGUGAAGGUCAGCUAAGCUGAUAAAAGGCCUGAAGACUAAAACAAGAACAGUUACAGGAACUGGCAUGGCUAGUCUAGUGAAGAGAAGGACCAAGGG